GAAACAGAAGAUAGCGGAAAUAAUGGAAGAACAACUCUAACUUUUGGGGCAGGCAAAAGAAAGAAGGCACACCAAAGGAGGGAGAGGUUGAGAUGGACGAAACCGUGGCCAAGACCGGGGUCCUGGAGAAACUUCGCGAGAAAGAGGGGCCAGGCGGCGGUCGCAUCCCCAUGUUUGGGCAGAUUAAUGGAGUCGUGGCUCCCUCGCUGGAGUCCUGCCCUGGGAGGGGACAGUAUCUGUUUAGAUUUGUGUCUAAAUUUAAACCCGAUCGCGGGCCUCCCUCGCCGCUCCCUCCUCCCUCUUCCUCCCCCCGCCCCCCCGCGCAGGGCCCGCGCCGGGGCAGUCACGCCGCCCACUCGCCCUGCGCCCGCCGCGCGGACCGGCCGGCGGGGAGCGGAGCGCAGACGGGCCCGCGGCGCCGGCACCUGGAGCCAUGGAGGAGAGACCAGCAGAGACCAAUGCCAGUGUGGACAACUCAGCGCCCCCCUCGGUGGCCCAGCUGGCUGGGCGGUUUAGGGAGCAGGCAGCUGCUGCAAAGGAGACACCAGCCAGUAAACCAACAAGAAGGAAACCGCCCUGCUCCCUCCCCCUGUUCCCCCCCAAGGCAGAGCUGGGCCAGAAUGGCGAGGAGAAAUCACUGCCCAAUGCCAGCCACCCUCCUAAAAUCAAGGUGAAGAGCUCGCCUCUGAUUGAGAAGCUCCAGGCCAAUUUAGCCUUUGAUCCAGCGGCCCUGCUGCCUGGGGCCUCACCCAAGAGUCCUGGACUCAAGGCCGCGGUGUCACCAUUUCACAGCCCGCCUUCUACCCCCAGCAGCCCUGGCGUGCGGUCUCGGCCCAGCGAGUCAGAGGAGGUGCCCGUCAGCUUCGACCAGCCUCCUGAAGGCAGUCACCUGCCCUGUUACAAUAAGGUGCGGACCAGGGGCUCCAUCAAAAGGCGCCCUCCCUCCAGGCGGUUCCGAAGGUCCCAGUCGGACUGUGGGGACCUGGGAAAUCUCAGGGCCACCGAGCCAUCCCAGGAGAAUGGUGCCAAGGAAGAGAAUGGAGACGAGGUGUUCCUGACCAAGAGCGCGGCCCCGGGGUCCCCAGGAUCGCCUCCGCCCAGCGAGGGGGCAGCGGGAAAGGAAGCAAGGAAGAGCCUGGGGUCCCAGGAGAAGCCGCCUCUGAGGAGGACGUCCAGUGGGACAGAGAAGCAGGAGGAGAAGGGCCGGGCCCCCGAGGAAGCCCCGCAGCCGGGGACGGCCGUGAAUUCCGGGGAGGAGGCCCCGGAGGUGGAGGAGGGGUGUGCGGGCCCCCCGGAGGACAGAGCUGCCGCAGAGCAGGCGGAGAAGGCUCCAGAGGAGACGGAGGAGAGGGCAGGAGAUGAAGCAGGGGAGCCCGCGCAAGACAGCCAAGACGACAAGGGGCCCAGGGAGGGGGCCGCGGGGGAGGAGGCCCCCCAACGUCCCUCUGCAGGAGAAGAGGGCAGCCACAGCCCGGAGCAGGGGGAAGGCGAGGACAUGCCAGAGGAGGGGCCCAGUCCUGAGCCGGGCUGCCGCCCCGAGACCAGCCAGGCCCAGCCGGAAACCAGCAGUGAGGUCCCCAGGACAGAGGAAGACACCCCUGUCCAGGACACUAAAAUGUGAGGACGAGCUCAUUGUGCCCGUGAUGAAGCUGCUGGAGACGUCUCUCUGGAAGCAGCAGCAACAGUAGGAGCAGCAGCAGAUGAAGCCAUCGCAGAAGCAGCCUAGGAGGAGGGUCUGGAGCCCCCUGAAGAUGCAGGGUAUUUGCUUCCUGGCCUCUAUGCCGUCCGCAGACAGAGAUUGGAUCUGAGGGCAGCAGACUUUUAUCAGCUUGAGUGUGUGUCACUUGGUAGACUUGGUUAAAAAAAACAAAAAAAAAUCUUAUUUAAAGCAAUUUCCUGUGGUGACAACUCCCUGGGAUACUGUCAACCUGCAGGGCUGGGUCCUGGCCGCAUCCACUGACCCCUCCGCUGACCUCGGAACUGGACUCUGAUUUAGCUUAUCAGACUUCGUUUGUGUAAAGUGAUAGCCUUUUUGAUGUUCAAAGUCUUUACAGUUCUCAGAUGUAAGUAAAAGCUAAUUUCCGGUGGCCAGAAACAAAAGAAAAUAGUAUUGCUGAAAAUAUAAGUCCUAUAAGUUACAGAAGAUCUUAAAUUGUAUCAAGACCCGGAGACAAACUUCCUGCUAGGUCCAAAUUUGAACUGGCCAGCCAAUUUUUAAAACAUUGGACUAGAAGAGAAAAUUAUUGAAACAUUAAAAAAUAUGUGUCUGUUCCAGCAAUAGGAGCUUUUUGUCCCCUAGUUUUCUUGUUGAUGACUACCAUGGGAGGUGACUGGCUCAGCUGGCCUGCUUCUGCCAGGGAGGAAGAGGCCACAGGGAGCAUCUCCCAGGCAGAGGCAGGCUGUCAGGAGGUUUCACAGCUCUGCUUCCUAUCCUCAUCCUGAAAGCAGGGCAGUGGUACCUGAACAACGCCUGCCCUCUGAUUCACCGUGUGAGGAUGAAGUUCGCACCUCCACAAGCUGGCCUCGAGCAUGGAUUAGCAGUUUCCUGGGAGGUGCUUUGAGUGUUGAGAUGUGCAGGCAUCCUUCCUGCUGCCCGGGGAAGCUGCUCUUGAUGGAAGCCCAAGUUCUCCUUCCCGACUCAGGAGUGGGUUGGGGUCUUCAGUCGGCUCGCACUGGCAGCUCUGGCUUUAAUGUUCUGUCUGCAGAGUGCAGGCUGUUUUGCAAGGAACAGGGGGCCUGACUCCCCUUCCUUAACUUGUGUCUUCUCCUCUCUUCGUGCACUCCUGCUGAAAGAUGUUAAUCCGAAUAAAUGUUUCAUCUUCAGGGUUGAUCCUUA